ACUGUUGCGUUUGAUUUCUACUUCUCGUUGUGCCUCCGUGCAUCCUUUCUCUAACUCCUCCACGUCCAGGAACCACUGGUUGUCCGCUGGCACAAAAGCGUCACAGCCCAGACGAAAACAGUGAUUGGCCUAAAAGAUCUGCAGCCAGAUUUGCCAGGUACACAUAGAGCAACUGAUGGCAACCGUUGCCAAGAGACCAUCCCUGCAGGGUCCGGUGCCCCCUCCUCGCAAGAAGACAGCCCCCAAGCCAGAGCUGACGGAGGUACAGAAGCAGGAGAUCCGGGAGGCCUUUGAGCUGUUUGACACUGAUGGCUCUGGAUACAUCGAUGUGAAGGAGCUUAAGGUUGCCAUGAGAGCUCUGGGAUUUGAACCAAAGAAAGAGGAGAUCAAGAAGAUGAUAGGUGAAGUUGAUAAGGAUGGCACAGGAAAGAUCUCCUUUGCAGACUUCCUCAUUGUCAUGACGCAGAAAAUGGCUGAAAAGGACUCUAAGGAGGAGAUCUUAAAAGCUUUCCGGCUGUUUGAUGACGACGAGACGGGCAAGAUAUCAUUCAAGAAUCUGAAGAGGGUAGCCAAAGAGCUUGGGGAGAACCUGACAGAUGAAGAGCUGCAGGAAAUGAUAGAUGAAGCGGACAGGGAUGGAGAUGGGGAAGUGAACCAGCAGGAGUUCCUGCGCAUUAUGAAAAAAACCUGCCUGUACUGAAGCAAAUGAAAGGCAUUAAGGUUGGGUGGACCAGGCUGGAUCAGUGAGGGUGUUUUGCUGCUCAUCCAUUUAUCCAGAAAACAAAACCUUAUUAUCGUUGUAUAGUGCCAUAAUUUUUUUUUAAAUCAGUCAAGACAUUUAAGCUUCAAAAACUACAAUCAUUACAAAACCUUUAAAGACUUGGACAAAAAGUCUAGCAAAAUGCCAAACCACCCUUCUUUCAGUUACAUGACAACAUACUGCCAAAACUGUAAGAGUACACCCUCUUACCUGUUAGAAUGCUGCAUUCAUUUAUGAAGGAUAUAUAUUGAUAAUAUUAUAGAGGUUAUUCAUCGUGCCUGCACCAAUACAGUGACACGUAGUACAUUCCAGCGCUUUGUGUGAUACUUUGUGCAUUAUGUUAGCAGUGUCUGUUCACUCUCGUAUACUGGUGACUCCCAUUACCGUCUCAUGUUUCGGCUCUUUUAUACUGGUUUUCCUGGGAAAAUUUGCAAUGCAGUGAAGGUGUUUGUUAACCACUGACGACUGGAGAGCGCUCUGUCUCAUCUCCGUGCUGCCUGUGGAUUUGUGCCUGUGCCUCUUAAAGGGGUAAUUCUCACAAUCAGGGAAGCUGCCUCUUAGCACACCAUCAUCUUGGAUCCCACACCUACAGGCCAUUACACACCAAGUGCAUUUUAAAAAAAGUGACAUAAAAUUUAGAAUUUUUUUCUGUUCCAAACUUUUGCGGAAAAUUCGUCCUCAAAACCAACAUCAAGCGAUGAUGAGUCGGUCCUGGGAAGUUCUGGGUUCAUCCAAGCUGUAUCACGACUGCUUCCGGACAUAUUUCAUGAUGUCAAUGGGGCAGUUUGAGCUCUUGUUGGCAGAGUUGGGAACACAUUCGUGUUCAGAGAGCCGACUGACCCAGAGCAGUGUCUGAGGUAAAAUACUGUUAUCUAACUAUUUGUAUAUUCAGUACUGUGCAUGAUUCAAGGUACAGCACACUUCUUGCCAAGUGAAAAAAUCGAGCUUGUUUCAAACAUAUAAAUGACUGCAUUAAGAAUAGGUGACUCUCAUAAAAUAUUUUUAACCAACAAAAUAUUCGCACAGAUUUUAUGCGUCCGGUGUGUAAAGCCUUAAGGCUGUGUAAAAUAAAACAUGGAUGUAGCCUUGUGAAACCUUGUUUAGAAGCUUUCACUUGAACAAUUUGCCCAUUUCAUUUUUUUUUAAAAUAACUCUUUCACCCAUAAAGAUGACCUUUGAAUGCCUCCCCGUACCUUUAAUGACCACUUUGACAACUCUGUAUUUAUCAAUAAAGGUGUGGUUUGACCACCUUUAGUGCUCAAAUAGUUUCCAAGGGUAGUUGCAUUUGCAGACACCCCCCUCACUAAAUUCUGACCAACACACAGUCAUUUUGUUGUACAAAAAAAACAGUCAGUUUAGAAAACAGCUUCAAGGGUUACUCUUAGUAGGCUUUUAACAGGUAACAGGCAACGCUGAGUUUAACUCUUAAAGAGUUAAACUCAGCAUUACCUGGGUGUGACUGUGAAAGCAACAACACUGCUUGACCAUAUAGUAGUGAGUUGUCAACCAAUAGGUAUACCUGCACUAAUACAGUUUUAAAAAAGAAGAAUCAAAAUAGCAUCAUGCUGAUGUGAAACAUGUGUCUGAGACCCUUAUUUAGUGAAGAAGCUGUGUACUUAGCUUAUAGGUCAAAUAAGUACUACAGCAGUUUGUUUAAAGACCUUUGGAACUACAAGAGCUGCCCCUAGUGGCCUGUGAAGGAAAUGCAGGCUUAAGUCAGUUUGCAUUGGCUUCACUUUCCAGGUCCAGAAGCUGCGUCCUUGUUUUUUUUAUGUACAGUUUUUGGUCACAUUGUCUUAAAGGGAUUGUUAAUAUAUUUUCUGUCAUGCUUUUGUGCGUAUUUUAUCAUCAAUAUUCCUGAAUGUUUUACAUAAUGUCUUGUGAAUUGAAUUAUAUAAACAGCACAACAGUAUUUCAGUUAAAAUUAAACCCAUUGAAGCAA